ACAAGCUAGAGUAAGCAAAGUCUCCUACGUCUGGUUGACCUGCUUUAUACCCCCAAUCCACAGGUUUCAUUCAGAUCUGAUGCGUUCCAAUGCUUUUAACCCAUCAUUCCAUAAAGUUUGAUGCACUCCCUGUAUUUACCCCUGUGGCUUUCCUUGGAUGCCUACUGAUUCCAUGUUGAAAACCAUCUCACUGCUGCGUUAACUUCUGGUGUCUGCUGCAUUAUUUUUCAGCACGUGGUAGUGUAAAGUCUGAGAGAGAAAUUGCUGCAGUUUAAGAUUCUGAAUCCUAGUGGAUAAUUCAUGGCUACCUUUUUAUAUGGAUCAUGUGACCACAUUGACUUUGACUUUGACUUUGACUCCAAGGUGAUAGUAGUCUAUAAAUUCCAGGCAUUUGACAGACGGCAGUUGAUAACAGCGGCAGCGCACAAGAAUGGCGGGGCUGUAUGAGAAACCGUCGGAGACGUACGCCAAGAAGCGGCCGCGGUACCCCAAGGAGUGGUUCUCCAUGCUCGCCUCCCUCACCGCCGGCCACCACCGCGCCUGGGACGCCGGCUGCGGCACCGGCCAGGCCUCCGUCAGCAUCGCGGAGCACUACGACGGCGUGGUCGCGACGGACGUGAGCGAGGGCCAGCUCCGCCACGCCAUCGCGCACCCCAAGGUGCGGUACCUGCACACGCCGGAGGACCUCCCGGAGGACGACCUCGUCGCCCUGGUCGGCGGCGAGGGCUCCGUGGACCUGGUCAUCGUGGCGACCGCGAUCCACUGGUUCGACGUCCCGCUCUUCUACGCCGUGGUGAACCGCGUCCUCAGGAGGCCAGGCGGCGUCCUCGCCGUGUGGGGGUACAACUACGACAUCCACCCGUUCGGGGACAAGCUGCAGGGGACGCUGUACCCGGCCAUGCGGCCGUACAUGGACCCGAGGACGAGGCUGGCCAUGGAGCGGUACCGCCAGCUGCCGUUCCCGUUCGAGCCCGUCGGGGUGGGCCGCGAGGGCGAGCCGGCCGACGUCGACAUGGAGGCGGAGAUGACGCUGGAGGACCUGGCCGGGUUCGUGAUGACCGGCUCCGUCGCGACCACGGCUAGGGAGAAAGGGGUGGACCUGGAGGCGCUGGUGAAGGGUGUGAUGAAGGAGGUGGAAGAGGGGUGGGGGGAUCGGCCGACGGUGCCCAGGAAGCUUGUGUUCAAGGCCUUCAUGCUGGCUGGGAGGCCCAGGCUGACAACCCCUUUCCAUUGAAUAACAAAAUAUUCAGUUCAGUACAAGGAUCGACCAACUCUACAGUACAUCAUGACAACCAGAAAAAUAAUUAGUUAGAUGCAGAUGUGUGAAUGAUGAAUGGGUGCCGCCUUAAAUCAUCAGCACAUGAGUGGUUGCCUGAUCAAAUGCUCACCCUGGACGGCCUGCUCGCCAAAGUGGUUACGCCGAGUUAUAGCUACUGGGCCACCGUCUCGCCGCUCUGGGUGUGGUGUCACUCCUGUUCCCGACAUCAGUAAUCAAUAUGUUGACUUGGCACUUCCAUUUGCGACAUACCUGGUAAUUGUCGAAGAGUUGGAUGAUUGUAAGCCGGAUGUACCAUUAACGACAAUGGUGAGGAUGGAUUGGGGAGACGAAGAUUACAGGAGGACAAA